CACCCAAAAACCAAACUGAAAAUGAAGCAUCUGUCACUCCUUCUGGUUGUCCUGGUGGCGUUGUCGGCCUUGCUGCCGAGCGCCGACGCCGCUCCGUUUAAGAAGUUCAAGAAAUUCGGGAAAUUCGGAGGCGGUGGCGGUGUCGGCCGCGGCUUCGUCCGACCCGUGGUGAUCCCCACCCCGGUGUUCGUCCAACCUGCCUACGGCUCUGGCUACGGCCUCGGCGGAGGUUUUGGUCACGGAGGUUUCGGAGGUGGUCACGGCGGCUUCGGAGGAGGAUUUGGAGGCGGCCAUGGCGGCUUUGGAGGCGGCUACGGCCGGUGAGGCCAGAAGAGACAGAGCUUCUGCCGGAGGAAUUGCCGCGGUCUCGGCGGAGAUUUCCUCUGAUCACUAAUUACCUUCAUAUGUCACCGUUCUUACAGUGUCAUACCUUCCUAAUAGAAAACUCAUCCUUUUUUUAAAUAAAAUUAUGAUAGUA